UCUCCCCACAUUUGACCUAUCGUACAAGAUCAUAACAAUCCACAAGUAUAGCAUAGACACAUUCACCUAAACUCACGGCAUCUUCUCAUCUCACCAACAUGUCUACUCCCGACCCAACACCGCCGCCCCUCUUCACCAUCCCCAUCACUUCCACCAACGGCACCUUCACCUGCACGAACCCGUCCGCGGCGGAACAGGACCGCAACAUCUACAUCCUCACCUUCACCUCCCCGAAAGACAACCGCCUCACACCCACCUUCAUCGACGCCUUCCUGCUGGCCCUCGACAUCAUCGAAUACCGCUACCCCAAGGGCGUCGUGAUCACCACCAGCGGCAUCCCCAAAUUCUACAGCAAUGGUCUCGACCUCGAACUCGCGCAGUCCACCGAGGGCUUCGUCGAGAAAUGGUUAUGGAAGUUAUUUCGGCGGGUACUUACCUACCCAAUGCCAACCCUCGCCCUCCUGAACGGCCACGCCUUCGCCGGCGGCCUCAUGCUGGCCAUGUACCACGACUACCGGAUCCAGAACCCCAGCAAGGGGUACCUCUGCAUCAACGAGCUGGAGUUCGGGGUGCCGCUGCAGUCGCCCAUGAUGAGCGUCUUCCGGGAGAAGCUGUCGGCGACCGCGUUCCGCGACCUCGUGCUCGAGGCGCGGCGCUUCGGCGGGCCCGCCGCCUCCCGCGAGGCCGGCUUGGUCGACGCGUACGGCGGGCUGGCGGAGGCGGUGCAGUUCUUGCGCGACCGCCGGCUGCAGACGAAAGCUGCCACGGGCAUCUAUGGGAUGAUGAAGGAGGAGAUGUGGCGGCAGUCGUUGGGGAUUCUGGAUGCGCAUGCGGAGAUGGUGGCGUGGCGGGAUCGCGUGGAGGAGCGGAAGGCGGAGGAGGAGGGGGCCGCGAGGGGAAGGGUCGAGGCUUGGGAGAAUGAGGUUAAAGCUAAGCUUUGAUCUUUUGGGGGAGCGGUUGCUGGGGGAUGAGGCCUGGGAACUGGGUGCUGGGAGCUGGGGUGGAGGGGUACUAAGAGGUAUUGGGUGAGGGUGAGGAUGAAGAUCUGGUGGGUUAUGGUGGAUGUUGGUUGUGGUGUUUCUUGGACAUAUGCUAAACACUUGCUCUGUUUUAGUUGUUCUGCGCUAGAUGCGUUGGAUUAUAGGUAUCUAUCACUUGGAUCUGAUGAAUAAAACUAUAUACAUGUACAGUAUUCUUG